UAGAAAUUUAUCGUUGCUUUACGCUGGAAAGAGAGAGGGAACCUUUAUAAGUGUCGCUUUCCCUCAAUACGCGCAACGUUGCAGAAAAGAACGCUUGCGGAUAAUCGCUGAAUGAGGUUCAAGGUGGAAAACAAUUUCGGGAAGAACGCAGACAAAGAAACACACGAAACGAGGAUGCCAGCCUUCGUUGACCGCAUUGUGGAGUUCGACGAGUGGCUCAAGUUUUUCAACAAUCUUGGAAAGAGCACGAAAAGCGUCAAGGACCUGCCAUACUUCCUGCAGAAGUACCUGCACCUGUUCUUCCUCAUCAUGUAUUCAAACGAGGACGGCUUGAUAUGUGCCAAAGACUACAAGAAGUACUUGAAAACUCACAAUCUUGACAUAAGCAGAGCAGAUGAGUGCUUCAAGGAAAUGCUCAAUGAGGAAGACGCUGCGAACGGAGAUUCCAUGACAUCAGAUCGUUUUACGGCUACAGUCUACGAAUGCUGGGUAUCACAAGACAAUAACUGCAAGGGAAAACAUAUAAGUCGACCGUACGAUACAACUUCCAUGGAAGAGCUCGAAAAGAACAAGAAGCGGCCAGUCUGAAUACUGCCACGCUGUACUUUUUUCCUAUGCUUUUGUACAAACUUUACCUUACUAGUCAAA